AUGGUGGCGCCCAGCUACUCCGCGCGACGCCUGUGGGUCUGGGGCUCUGGGAGGCGUGUGGGGAGUCUCCUCUCUCUCGUCUCUAAGCCAUUUUGUGCCGCCGCUGCUACCUCUAGGCCUCUGGAUGCCCAGCAGUUAGCAGAGAGGCUCCGAACCCAGAAACAGGAACAAAAGAACAGGAAGGGGCCGAUGCCCCUAAACCCCGUCCAGCGGAGAGUGCAAGAACUAGUGCGGUUCACACAGCAGCUGCAGCGAGUCCACCCCAACGUGCUCGCUAAGGCACUAAGGCGAGGGAUUGUCCAUCAGGACCAGGACCUUGUGGUUAUCAAUAAGCCCUAUGGCCUCCCUGUGCAUGGUGGCCCUGGGGUCCAGCUCUGCAUCAGUGAUGUACUACCUGUCCUGGCGAAGAUGCUUCGUGGCCACAAGGCAGAGCCCCUGCAUCUGUGCCACCGGCUGGACAAGGAAACUACAGGCGUGAUGGUGUUGGCUUGGGAGAAGGCAGUGGCGCACCAAGUCCAGGAGUUGUUUAGGACCCGUCAGGUGACAAAGAAAUACUGGGCCGUCACUGUGCGCGUCCCGGUGCCUGCAGCAGGAGUCGUGGAUAUCCCCAUCGUGGAGAAGGAGGUGCCAGGGCAGCAGCAGCACCAUAAGAUGACGCUGUCCCCAAACUACCGCAUGGACAACGGGAACAUGGUGAGAGUGCGGAGCGGCCGGAAGGCGCACCUGGCCGUGACCCAGUACCAGGUGCUGAGCAGCGCGGCCGCCUCCGCCCUUGUGGAGCUCCAGCCUGUGACUGGGAUAAAACAUCAGCUUCGAGUUCACCUGUCCUUUGGACUGGACUGCCCCAUCCUUGGUGACCACAAGUACUCGGACUGGAGCAGGCUGGCCCCCCAGAAGCUGCCUGCCGGCACUCUGAAGAAGCUGGGCCUGCCGCAGGCCAAGGCCCGCCACAUCCCUCUUCAUUUGCAUGCCCGCCAGCUGGUCCUGCCCGCCCUGGGGUCCAGGAAGGAGGCGCUCAGCUUGGUCUGCAGGCUUCCUCGCUAUUUCGUUCGCUCUCUGAACCGUCUGGGCCUAGAGAUGCCAAGUCAGGAUCGGAACCAGGACGAUGGGGCUGGGCAUCGGGGAGCUCAGUGAAGACUGCUGGGCAGCAUGGCCCCUGGAUUCCUCGCUCUCUCAGUGGACCUGCAGCUGCUCCAGGGCUUUUCCUGGAAACUAAAGGCUGUUUGCUGAUACCCGAGCCACACUCGGAAAAAACCUGUGGGAAGUAUCCCCGCCUCAGGGACAUCUUGCCAAGCUGGAAGAGGGCCCAGGUCCAGGCAGCUGGGGUCAGAAAUUGGAAAAAGAGAACUGUGGCAGAGAAUCAGAUGGGGGCCAUUUUCAUGCAGCAAUGGAGUUCUGGGUCUGUCGGGAGGGUUCCUGUGGUGGGAGAGCGUGGUGGUGGUCAUCCAACUCGGGGAGACUCGGAGCAGUCAGUCGCUGUCACGGAGCUGCAGGGUCUGAGCAAACCCUUUCUCCUCCGCGCUCUUCUCGGGUCUCAUAGACACAGGUGUCAGAAUUGAGGGGCACCCCCUGUGCCAGCACAGGAGCCCUGCCUGGCUGGCGGUUGUGGGGCCUGUGAAGGGUGCUCACCAGCGAGGGAGGCAGGCGGGCGUCACACAGGAGUUGUCUCGACUGGGUGUGAGGUUGGAGAGGGGCAUGUGGCUGUCUGCAGUGGGCACUUGCCAGCUCUGUCUGGGUGUUGCUGUGUGGGAGCCGCUACUCUGAUCGUCUUUCAGUCAGGAAAUCUGGGAAUUUAUGUGGAAUUUCCCAGUAUGUUUUUAACUAAAUCAGUUUUCAAAAAAUCACUUAGGCACCCAAGCAAGUCAUACUGGAUUUGGAAGUCUAGAGAAAGGUGCUGUGUAGGAGGUUCUGGAUUAGGCCCUGGCAGGGUGGAUCAGUUGGUUAGGUGCACCGAGGUUGGAGAUUCAAUCCCUGGUCAGGGCACAUAUGGGAAUCAACCAGUGGGUGCAUAAACAAGUGGAACAACAAAUCAGCGUUUCUCUCUCCCCCUCCCUCCCUCCCUCAGUCAGUAAAAAAAUAAAAGUUCUGGGUAAGUGGUUGGUGUUCCAGCUGCAUGUGCUUUCUGGACUGGGCCCAGCUUUGGUUCAUCCAAGUGGAGGGUGCUGCCGUGGUCUGAAGCCGCCUUGUUUUGGAAGCGAGCCUCCUGCCUCUGGGUCUCAGGAAGGAGGUGGCCGUGGCGGGCAGCAGUGGGGAUGGAGAUGGUCCCAGCCUCCCUGCUCAGUUGUCCUGCCAGCUCCCCUCUUGUUUCUUGUGACCGGUAGGUGCACUUUACUCUGGCCUGGGCUGAGAAAAGCUGGAGGGACAGCAGCUGGGGAAGAGCCCAAGGGCAGCCUUUCUGUGCUCCCACUGCCCGCGCUGCUUUGUAAGCCUCGGCCCCACCCCCUGGUGCUGCAGUGCAUGACGGGUUCACCUCCCAAAGUGCAGGUGAGUGCCUGCGUUCAUGUGCACGAGACUUAAAGAUUUUGGCCAUUGUUUCUACUAGUAAACCGUGCUUCUCCAGAUAAAGGUGCAAGCAUGUGACACUUAGAAAGUCGUGAUGACUGACUUGGAAUUAGGGAGACAAAUGGCCAAGAGGACCCCUGGCCUUACGGAUGUUGGAAGGGACCCCAGCACCCAGGGAGCCACCUCAGAGGGCCCAGGCAGCUGGCUGCUGUACACAAAUGUGCUCUUGGUUUCCAGAGCCACGGUGGGGGCUGAGGGGUGAGGGUGCCUCUGCCUUUUCUGAGUUUUCUUGGCCUUGCUGGGUACCGCAGCUGUGUUCCGUCCUCGAGAGUCACCUGAGAGAACUUUUACCCCCUGUGGUGUGGCCUGGGAGGCUGGCCCAUGCCCAAAGGAAAUGCUGGUCAGAGCCAACGAAAAGCCUGGAUUUGCCUUGAAGUCGUGUAAUUAGUAUAAGGAGACAGUUUUCAUUCUUUUUAUUCAAGUCCUACAUGCACAUGAUUUUGAAAAAACCUCAAAAGCUUAUAAUGAAAACCAGUGUUCUUUGCCCACCUGGAGCUUUCAUUUUUAGCUCUUCCCUCAAUGUCCAUGGUGUGCUCGUGGGCGGGAAGUCUAGUCUGUUCCUUAGGAGGCUGGCCAGAGGGCCGGCUCCCCCCACCCCUGCAGGCCUGCUGCUAGACGGUGGCCUGGUAGGUGAUUUUCUGGCUGGGCCUGUGCAUCCUCAGCCUGGAAAGCCAUUUUCUCCCUCGUCACACUGUGCCUUGUCCCUAAAUCCAGUGACCAGGCCUCUCCUGCCCUGGGCUCCUCACUUUGCACCUCAUUUUAUUUCCUCUCAGGCUCCUUGAGGGGCUCAGCCUCGGUGCCCUCGGUGCCACAGCCAAAGUGCGGGAUGGCUUUGGACCUGUGAUAAUGUCCAUAAUGCUGACACCUCAUAAAUCUCUGACCUCUGUGUCUCGUGGUCGUCACGUCUUGGGAGUCCCCUGUCCACUCCCUGGAAUCAGCCCAACUGCUCCACACUGGGCCCUUCCCUCCCACUCCUGCCUUCAUUUAGUGGCAUCACUACUACCCCAGGGACCACCCUGACUCCCACGGAGCCCCGGAUCCUGGCUGUUCCAUGUCGCCCUUCUCUGAAAACGUUUCCUGCUUUAAUCUUACAUUCUCUCCCCCAGUAACACCUGCACUCCCCACCCCCCUCAACCACCACCACCACCCCUUAAGCAAUGGCGGGAAAGACCUGGAAGGUGGAGGGGCAUCGUGGGUUAGAAACAGGGUCAGAGGCAGCCUGCUGGUCCCCACCAGAGACUGCACUCAGAAGUGGGUAUUGAGACCCUGCCUGGUUCCUGGGUCAGAGCAGUUCACUCGCCUCCAAAACAGGGCCUGUGUCGGACAGAUACCCCCGGGUUGCAUUCAUUCAUUCAUAUUAAGUUCCCAGAAGAGUUCCUGGCAUAUGGGAAGGGCUCGAUUAAUGUAAUGUAUAAGGCUGAAAAAGAUGAAAUUGGCCAUUUAAAAAUACCUUUUUGAGAUAAAAUUCACAUACCACGAACUUCAUCAAUUUAAAGUAAAUAAUUCGGUUGGUUUAGUCACAAAAUGGGACAGCUAUCACUACAAUUUGAUUGUGUAAUGGUUUCAUCCUCAAAACCCCAAACCCACUCCGCAGUCACUCCCCGUCCUGCUCACACCCAGCCACAGCCACCUGGCAAUCUACUUUCUGUCCCAGCAGUUUUGCCCAUUUUGGAUAUUUUGUAUAAAUAGAAUCAUGCAGUAUGUGGUCUUUUGUGCCUCUCAGCAUAAUGUUUUCAAGGUUCAUGCUGUUGUAAAAUGCUCAUGUAUCAGUAUUUCAUUUUUUAUUGCAGAAUAUUUCAUUGUACAAAUACGUAAAAUUUUAGUUGAUGAUUGUUUUCAUCUUUUUGCUGUUAUAAAUUGCGCUAUGAACA